UCUCUGCUUCUUCAUCAUGGCAUCUCGUAAUGAUAAUGAUAAGCCAGUAACGAUCGAAGAACUGCGUUCCUUCCACAGGAUCGACAGGGAUGUCUACAGAAUGUUAGCAAUUAACUUAGGGAAAGAUCCUAUACUUUCCAUGGCAGUCAUUGCUUUAUGGAUAUUUAUGGAAGAACUAGGCUACCCUAGCAUCAUACUGGAAUUGCUUAUAUACCAAAACCAUCUUUUAACAAGUUGGGCGUUUGAUGAAGCGGUAUCCUCAGUUUAUUAUAUCAUUACCAGCACUCCUCCCCCGCCUUUGCAAGGAACUUCAAUAACAGACAUGCCCACAACGUUAAGAUUGUUACAAGAUUAUGGGUCUCGACUGUACAUUUCAAAGAAUUCACUGUUUGAACAUGCAGAAAUUGGGUACACUUCUCUGACACAAACUAUCGGAACAGUUUUCUACAGAUUGUUUGGAGAUAUUUUUAGAGAAGCGACGCAGAGGAAUUUUAAUCUUAAUCUGGGUUAUGGUGGUGACGAGAUUUAUGGAGACGGUAACACUCAUGGUCAGGAAGAGACUGGUAAUGUUGUUGAACCGGAACCGGUGGAGCCAAAGAGUGUAGUGUUUGGAAACGGCAUUCCUCCUGCUCCUCUGCGUGAUGAGACAAAUGAAUUCAGGAAACUCGAGGUCGGUUCUUCAUCUGGUACUAAACAGUGUGAGAAUAUAUCUGAAAUCGGCGAACCCUCAACACUGCCUAUAAUUGAGGAACAACAAACAGUACAAGUUAUUCCGCCAGAUGAACGAACUAUGUUCAUUACGUUCUCUAGAGGAUUUCCCAUUUCCGAAGUCCAACUUCGUGAAUUCUUUAUCAGGACAUAUGGCGAUUGUAUUGAAAGCAUCUACAUGCAGGAGAUCAAGCCACCUCAACGACAAUCAAUGUUCGCUAAGAUUGUGUUCCAUGCAAGCGAAAUAAUUGAUCUCAUCCUGGCAGGCGAAACUAAAGUUCGGUUUUUUAUUAAUGGACGUCACAUCCAGGCUAGAAGAUUCGAGGCCAGGGAAGGUAGUCGUUGAGUUGAAUGAUGGCAUGCUCAUAGGCAACAUGUAUUGGGAUCGAUAGUCAAGUACGUGCGCCAUCGAUGAGUUUUCUUAUUAUUUUCCAGUACUAUGAAACUGCUCAGAUGAGCUUCUUAUUUAAAGACUCCAUCUAAUAAAA